GAAAUUGGUGAAGAAAAAGAGUUUUGGCCUUGUGGAAACUCACCAGGAUUCAGCAAUGGUGACUGGUGAGGAAGCAGCAAUCCAUCUGUGCUGUGCUCAGUCGUCGGUCCACAGACAAUCAAAGUGGCAAUUUAGUAAUUUAACUAAAAACAACCAAGAAAAAAACAGAGUUCUUGAGACUCAGCUCUGGCCUCUGGAUUCAGUAGUGGGAAGAAAUCAGCAAUCCAUCUGUAUUCUGUCAUUCUGUGCUCUGUUUGGUCUACAAACAAGCAUAGUGGCAAUUUGGUAAUUUAACUCAAAUUAACCACGGAAGCUCAGGCUCUAACAUAUAUUUUCCAAAUCUGUGAUAUCUCUCUCUCUCUCUCUCUCUCUCUCUCUGUCUAUGCUUUGUUCUCUGCUUGUAACUUGCCCCAAGAGCACUGGUACGCGAAAUCUCUAUACUUUCAGGCCAAGGAGCUCGAAGAAACUAGCAAUGGCGCCUCCGAUCCUGUCCUUAGCUCUGCCAUCCGAGACGGGUCGAGUUCUCAGCAUUCAAUCUCAUACUGUUCAGGGAUAUGUUGGAAACAAAGCAGCUGUCUUUCCUCUUCAACUGCUGGGAUAUGACGUGGACCCAAUUAACUCAGUGCAGUUCUCUAAUCACACAGGAUACCCGACGUUUAAAGGCCAGGUUUUAAAUGGACAGCAACUGUGGGAUUUAAUAGAAGGUCUUGAAGCAAAUGAUUUAUUAUACUAUACUCAUCUACUUACAGAUCUUCUUGAAAGGGAAGUCACAGUCUCUGUUUCCUGCAACCAGAGCUUCGAAGAAGGACUUGGACGAGAACUCACCUCUGGGGUGGAGUUUCCAGACUCGGGAGUCUUGGGAGUUUGGAGAAAUGUAGACUUCUCUAAGAGAGAGGAUGAGUUAUCACUUGCUAAAGGGAUCAUGUAUAUCUACAGAAUUACUUCUGAAAGAGAUGGCUUGGAAGCUUGUAACAUUCUUCAUGCUGCUGGACCUUCAAAGGUUGUGAUAACCAGUGUACAUAUAGAGGAUAAUCUUCUCCUUAUUGGAAGUCAUCAAAAAGCAAAGGAUCAGCCGCCUCAGCAAUUCAAGAUUGUGAUACCCAAGAUUCCUGCAUAUUUUACGGGCACCGGAGAUCUGACAACUGCCUUAUUACUGGGAUGGAGUAAUAAAUAUCCUGACGACCUUGAUAGAGCAUCAGAGCUUGCAGUGUCAAGCUUGCAGGCACUUCUACACAGAACAGUCAAUGACUACAAAAGCGUGGGCUUUGAUCCCCAAUCAAGUAGUUUAGAGAUCAGAUUGAUUCAGAGCAAGGAUGACAUUUGCAAUCCACAGGUUAAUUACAAGGCAGAGAAAUAUCAUUGAAUGAUUGAUAUUUGGAGGGAAACCUAUGACUGGCGAUUUGUACUGCUUAUGUCUAGGAUCCAGAUUGUGUUUCCAGUACCGACUCUGUAGUCCUUUUCUUCUUUUGACAGGAUGAUUGCUAUUCUUGUUAUUCACUCUUUUUUAAUAGCCUCCAUUUACAGUUGCAAGAAAACAUGAGCAAAAAGUGGUUGUUAAAUUCAUCUAUAAAACAAUGUUACUAAUCAUCUAUUUAUUUUCUCCAGGCACAAGGGGAAACUUGCACU